AUGGCAAAAGCUGUUGGCAUCGAUUUGGGAACAUCAUACUCGUGUGUCGGUGUUUGGCAAAAUGACAAUGUUGAAAUUAUUGCCAAUGACUACGGUAGUUUUACGACGCCUUCGUAUGUCGCUUUCACCGAAGAAGGACGUCUUAUUGGAGAUUCUGCUAGAAAUCAAGCUAGCAUGAACCCUUAUAAUACUGUAUUUAGCUCUAAACGUCUCCUUGGCUGUAGGUAUAGUGACCAAGAAGUUCAAUCCGAUAUGAAGGUCGUCGAUAAGAGUGGAAAACCAUGCAUCAGAGUAGAAUUCAAAGGCGAAAUUAAGGAUUUCACACCCGAAGAAAUUUCUUCUAUGAUAUUGGUAAAGAUGAAGCAAACUGCAGAAGCUUAUCUUGGUACAAAAGUUAAUAAUGCCGUCAUUUCGUCAACAGCUUACUUUAAUGACUCUCAACGUCAAUCUAUAAAAGAUGCUGCUAUGAUCGCUGGUUUAAAUGUACUACGAAUAGUUAAUGCACCGACUUUAGCAGCUAUGACAUUUGGUUUUGAUAAGAAAAAUAUUUGUGAACGAAACGUUCUUAUCUUAGAUUUAGGUGGUGGUACGUUUGAUGUUUCUCUCAUAACUAUCGAAGAGGGUAUUUAUGAAGUAAAAGCCGUUGCUAGUGACACACAUCUUGGCGGCGAGGAUUUCGACAAUCGGAUUGUAAAUCAUUUCAUAAAGGAAUUCAAACGCAAAUUUAAAAAAGAUCUUAUAACGAAUGCACGUGCUCUCCUUCGAUUAAGAUUUGCUUGUGAUCGUGCAAAACGUAAACUUUCAUCAUCAGCACAAACUUCCAUAGAAAUAGAUUCUUUUUUCGAGGGUAUAGAUUUUUAUACCUCCUUAACACGUUCUAGAUUUGAAGAAUUAAAUAAAGACUUGUUCCGAUCCAUAAUGGAACCUGUUGAAAAAGUACUUCGAGAUUCUAAAAUCGACAAAAGUCAAAUUCAUGAAAUUGUUCUGGUCGGUGGUUCAACACGUAUUCCCAAGAUUCAAGAGUUGAUAUCAGAGUUUUUUAAUGGUAAAGAACUAAACAAAUCUAUUAAUCCUGAUAAAGCAGUGGCGUAUGGUGCUGCCGUUCAAGCUGCUAUUGUAACUGGUGAUGCUUCUGAAAAAACUCGAGAUAUAAUAUUAUUGGAUGUCGCCGCUUUGUCUCUUGGUAUUGAAACUGCUGGAGGUGUCAUGAAACCGCUUAUUAAGCGUAAUACUACAAUACCUACGAAGAAAUUCGAAAUUAUUUCAACAGAUUUUGAAAAUCAAUCGGAAUUGCUUAUUCGAAUUUUUGAAGGUGAACGUGCCCGUACUAAAGAUAAUAACUUGCUUGGUGAGUUCGAAUUGACCGGAAUUCAUCCAGCACCAAAGGGUGUUCCACAAAUCGAAGUCGUAUUUGAUAUUGAUGUAAACUGCAUCUUAAACGUAUCUGCUGUUGAUAAAACAACUGGACGAUCGAAUAAGAUAACCAUCACGAAUGACAAAGGUCGAUUGUCAAGGGAAGAAAUCAGGCUUAUCGAAGCCGAGAAAUAUCGUUAUGAUGAUGAGAAAGUUGCCAGAACGGAACUGGCACGAAAUGAAUUAGAAAGUUAUGCAUAUAACUUACGUACAACACUUGAAGACGAGAAAUUUCCUAUUAAUUUACUUAAAGAAGCGAUUCAACAAUCGAUUACAUGGCUUGAAAACAAUCAAUAUGCAGAGAUGGAUGAAUAUUAUGAGAAGAAGGAAUUACUGGAAAGCAUUGCCAACCCAAUUAUGAUGAAGCUUUUUGAUGAGCGCAGAAAAUGUUGA